UUUAUUUCUUACCCUUUGCACCCACUAACUACAAAUAGCAAUUUUUAUGCCUCCCUUUUUUAAAACCACUAGUGUCCAAGUUCAAACUGACGACAAAAGGCCAAGAACUGCUAGUGGAGUGAUAACAAGAGGACUGCUGGGACCAGCGUCACAACUGAAUCAAAACAAUAAACCAAAGAAACCAGUUGAUGAACAGUUUGAAAGAACAACCAAGAUGUUGUCUAUGCAUAACAACCUUAUGAAGCGAUACCAAAAAGAGUUAAAGACUAACACAGCUCAAGUGGAGCAAAUCGCUACUCUGAGUCUGGAAAACAGAGAUUUGGAAAAGAAACUCCAAGAUGCCCAAAGUAAAAUAGAAGAGCUACAUAAAGAGAAAGAUGCUCUCCAGACAAGGAUCAAUGCAGUGGGAAUUAAGAAAAGGCUAACACCUUCUAAAAGAGAUUUAAUGGCUGAACUCCGCAAGGUUUCACAGGAAAGAGAUAGACUUGCUAACGAGAGAAAAAAGUUCAAAGGUUCGGAGCUAAAUAAUGUUUGUCUAGCACAGGCAAUAGCUUAGAUAUGUUCUAUUGCAACUGCAAAAAUCAUUUUGAAAUCAAAUAAGUUGAAGUUUUUUUGCAAGUUGUAUUAAAAAGAUAUUUUUAGAGUACAUUGGAACCCCUCC